CGCAGCCCUAGCCCCCUCGCGUAGCCGGGCGGUGAUCCCGCGCCCCCUCCCCCUCACCACCAACUCGUGAUACACAUCCAUGUGAAGCAGCCACAAAAUUAGGGUUCCAUCCUCGAUCUGGUCGGACCCCCCUCCUCCGCGUGCCGGACGAUCCAAUCUAUGGCCGCCUCCACCACGCGCUCGCCGGCGGCGAUUGACCGGCACGCGGUACGGCUGAUCACGCGCGUCUCCAUAGCGAUGGCCGUCGUCGCCACACUCUCACUCUUGUACCUCUUGCGCCACGCAUCCAUCUACUGUUUCCCCGCGUCCCACCAGCCUGCCCUCACCAUCUCGCUCGCCCCAUUCCCCCGCAGCUCCUGCGACGCCGCCUCGCGCCGAGUGGUCCCGCCCGACCACCGCCUCGCUAAGCUUCGUGCCUCCCCGCGCUGGAGACACCGUGCCGCCUCCCUGGCCACGUCCGCCUUCCCGCCGCUCCGCGGCCUCGGCAUCCUCGCGACCCCUUCGCGCGUCCUCUGCCUCGCCGCCGGCGCCGGCCACGCCGUUGACGCGUUCCGCGUAGCGGGGACCAGAGACGCCAUAGGGGUCGACCUCGUAGAGUUCCCGCCGCUUGUCCGCCGCGCGGAUCCCCACCACCUCCCAUUUUCCGACGGCGCCUUCGACCUCGUGUUCUCGGAUGACCCCUCGGCGACCUUCGGCGCGCUCUUCCCGUCCCGCCUCGCGCGAGAGGCUGAGCGCGCCAUCCGCCGCGGUGGCGGCAUCGCGCUCGCGUUCGACCGGGAGAUCGAGACCGUCGCUGUCGCUACGCUAUUCAAGAGAUCGCGCGUCCUGGAUGUGAAGGAUGUCACGUUGGAUGGCUCUCAGGUUAGGCUACUGAUCAUGCAGAGUAAUGGCACAGACCCAUAUUGAUCCGUGUUCAUCCGCUUCAAGUAUUAUCAUAUCUCAGUGAUGCUAUCCAAAGAAUCUGAGGAAGGCAGUUGUGAACAUGAAUUAUAAUCAGUAUAGAUGAUGGUUCAUAAAUAUACGAAAUUGUUCGAUAUUAUUGACUGCUUUGCUGUGCUGUACCGCAGGCAUCUGGACGAUCUUGAUGGUUCAUAAAAAUAUGAAUUUGUUCUAUAUUAUUGCCUACUUUGUUGUGCAGUAUCGCAGGCAGCUGGAUCUUGAGCGACCUUACACAAAAAAGAAAGAUGUUAGUAUAUAUUGAUGAUAUAAUCUAAACAAGAGCUACUCGACUUAACUUAAGUUUCGGCGGAUGGGUAGCUUGAUUCUUCGUGUGGUCUAAUAGAAAGAAAAUAGUUGCAUCAAAAUUAAUUAGGGCUCUAAUGACAGCUAUUUCUAAUUGUUUCAAUUACGUUAUUACUUAGUUCUCUGUAUUUCCUAUUUGUUUCACUGAGAUCAAAAUUUUGAUAUGUAAUUCCAUUUUUUCUAUUAGAUCCUUACUAUUUUAAAGACAACUAACUAUAUACUAUUUCAAGUUUUAUGUGUUCUUUGAAAAUAGCUAUCAAUACAUCUGUAUGUACUAAUGUAUCUUUAAAGUUUCAUAGUUCUAUCAGUGUGACUAUGCUCCCUUGUAAUUGUUACAUGCACCCUAUACGAGCGGGGGAAGAGGGGGAGCGAGGGGAGCAGCAAUGGCGGAGGAAUUUGCGGCCCAGGCGGAAACGGAAUUGGGGAGCAGAUCAUCAUGUUUCCAAACUACUUUCCUUUAGACAAAUAGAACAAUAAUAAACUAAUAUAUGUCCAUUGAUUUAGAAGAAAUAACUUGAUCCUCAAUUUCAUUUUGCAGGCUAGAAUAGUAGGUGGGACAGGCACUGAUGGGACACCUAUUAUUGCAGGGAUUGCAAAGUUCAUGGAUAUAUUAACUACUGGACUUGUUACAUCCCCAUUAUCUUGCAACACUAAAUUACAGUGAGUUUUUGAAGAUUGAGAAUUUGGGACCUCAUAUCUUAAAUUUGUUUCUGCAGUGAGUUGCUGAUCUGGAGACAAUCGAGAGUAGAGUGUUGAAGGCACAUCUCCAAUAUUCCUACACAAAAACACAAUGCACAUCAACUAAUUAACAGAAGUGCAAUACCCUCUCAUUUAUCAGCCUCAUCAAACUGUAUUGAAAGACACCAAACUGAACUGAAAGACAACAAACAUGCCAGCUCCCAUUUUAGAUUUUACCAAGUAUCAUAUGGACAAACAAUGAAGUUCAUUGCUGGAGACAACCUGACAAUUGAAGUUCUCCCAACACGCCCUACUCUGAC